AUGAAGCAACUGCUUUUCACUACCACAUUCCUAAUAGUAUUCGGUUUUACACAAGCUAGUGUAGCAAAGAACAGAAUGAAGAUGUAUAUGAAGCAACUAGCUUAGCAAUAACAAUAGUUAGGUUGCGAGACUUCCAUGAAUAGAUUCAAGUCUGGUCCUCCAGAUUACGAAAACAUUAUCAAGAACAGCAAUACUUUUUGGAAUGAUACAUCCUUCCCAGCUGAUGCUACUUCAAUUUAAUGGACUGAUACUCCAUACACCAGAAAUGGAUUAUACUACCACUCAUCUGCUAAGUGGUCAAGAUUAAACGAUCUUUGUCCAAAUUGCACAAUGUUUGGUACUGGCGACUAUUUAAAUGACAUUUCGCAAGGAGCUAUAGGUGACUGUUACUUCAUGGCCGGAGCAACAGCUGUUGCCGAAAUCGAUAAUAGAUUCAAGAAAAUUUUUGUCAAUCCUGAGAUAAACUGGGCUGGACUCUAUGCCUUCAAUGUCUAUGUGAGGGGUAUUCCACACGUGAUGGUUGUUGAUGAUGCAGUCCCUGCCGGAUCCUAAGGCUUAUCACCAUCUUUCGCUGAAAUUGGAAGUGAUGGCUCUAUUUGGGGACCACUUCUUGAAAAAGCUUGGGCUAAGUUUGCCAAUAAUUAUGAGUUUAUUGUAGGAGGAAGUCCAAAUGAGGUUGUUUAGUUCCUUACAAACUCUCCCACUACUUCAUUCAAAACAAACUAACUCAGUCUUGAUGCUAUAUGGAAACUUUUGAGCUAAUCUGAUAUUCAAAACAACAUUAUGAAUGUUGUCACAAAUACAUCUGGAGAUGCUGUAUGUCCAUUCAAUCUUGCUUGCCAACAUGUAUAUACCCUACUCGGAGUUGCAACUGUUUACAAUGCUGAUAAAACUCAGGUUACAAAUUUAUACAGAAUAAGAAACCCAUGGAAAGUCGAUGCAGGCUUCAAUGGUACAUUUUCAGAUAACGCUUCUGUUUGGAAUACUGUAGGUUUCGAUGGAAAGACAUAUGCACAACAAGCUGGCCAUGUCAUUGCUGAUGACGGUAUUUUCUGGACCACUCCUGAAGAGUUUGUUUAAUCUUUCAUUAAUGUCUUCACAGGAGAAUAUAGAGAUGAAUUUGUAACUUCAUGGUAUGAUAAGGUUGACGAUUAGGUAGCUAAUUCAACCAAUCCAUCAAAGUAUGCCUUCACUAUCACAGAAUCUACUCCAAUGACAAUCAGAGUUGUCACUUACCCCGUUAGAAUGUAUCCAGUCUCAUGUAAAAAAACUACUUCAAUUCACAAAGUAGUUCUUAAGAACAGCAGAGGCAAUUGGAUCGAUUACAUUUAAUAUUUAGAAGUUUCAACAUCAUUCAUGAAUCUUAUUGAUAGGCCAUUAGCUCCUGGAACAUACACCAUUGAAUUUUAUCCUUCAUGGACUGAGGGAGAUAUCAAAGAUUACGAAUUUGAAACCAUUUCAAAAUGA